CUGUGCAUCAGAGAGCUGCAGAGCUGGAUGUGAGGAUGAAGCGCUCUUUGCUCUGCAUGCUGGAGUUAUUCUUGCUCAGUACACUUUUCGAUGUAAAUGCUGAAGAACAUGACAAGGCUGUUGUGAUAGCAAACAGCAGAACGAUACCAACAGGGGGCAGUGUGACACUGACCUGUGACGUGAAGAACUCUGCCAACUUAAAAUAUGAGUGGUUCAGAGAAACCUCAUCCGAAAAACCGUCAGCAAUGUCUAAUGUUUCAGAGAGAGUUAUCUCUGUCUUGAAAGGAGGAAACUACACCUGCAAACCUUCAGGGGAAAAUGUCAUCAUAACAGAAAGUGACUCAGUCACCAUUCAGGAAACUGUUAGUAACAGGAUCACAGUGACGCUGCAGCACAGCUGGUCUCAAGUGUUCAAUGGUGACACAAUCACUCUCAGAUGUGAGAUUCAGGGAGGUGAAGGAAAGGUGUGGAAAUAUGAAUGGACAGCACCCAACACAAACAGCCCUCCAACAUCCAGUGAAUACAGGAUCAGCAGAGUUUCAGUGUCCCACAGUGGAGACUACAGAUGUCAGGGUAGCAGUGACUAUCUCUUAACAGGAUGGAGUGAUGCCUUCAGACUGACAGUUUCAUCAAGUAAACCCAGAGCCACACUAACAGCACAACGUUCAAUCAUACCAGCAGGGGGCAGUGUGACACUGAGCUGCUCUGUGGAGGGCUCUGCUGGCUGGAAGUUUGACUGGUUCAGACGUGAUUCACAGUUUUCUGGAGCUCAGAAAAUAGGAGCUGGAACAUCAGAGCACACGAUCAGUAUUUCAGAAGAAGGCAUCUAUUACUGCAGAGGAGGGAGAGGAGAUCCAGUUUUCUCCACAGAGGACAGUGCUGCAGUUACAAUUCAGAAACAAGUUCGGGUUGCUGUGAAACUGCAGCACAGCUGGUCUCAGAUAUUCACUGGUGAGACAAUCACUCUCAGAUGUGAGAUUCAGGGAGGUGAAGGAAAAGUGUGGAAAUAUGAAUGGACAGCACCCAACAAAAAAAGGCCUCCAACAUCCAGUGAAUACAGGAUCAGCAGAGUUUCAGUGUCCCACAGUGGAGACUACAGAUGUCGGGGUAGCAGUGACUAUCUCUUAACAGGAUGGAGUGAUGCCUUCAGACUGACAGUUUCAUCAAGUAAACCCAGAGCCACACUGACAGCACAACGUUCAAUCAUACCAGCAGGGGGCAGUGUGACACUGAGCUGCUCUUUUUCUGGAGCUCAGAAAAUAGGAGCUGGAACAUCAGAGCACACGAUCAGUAUUUCAGAAGAAGGCAUCUAUUACUGCAGAGGAGGGAGAGGAGAUCCAGUUUUCUCCACAGAGGACAGUGCUGCAGUUACAAUUCAGAAACAAGUUCGGGUUGCUGUGAAACUGCAGCACAGCUGGUCUCAGAUAUUCACUGGUGAGACAAUCACUCUCAGAUGUGAGAUUCAGGGAGGUGAAGGAAAAGUGUGGAAAUAUGAAUGGACAGCACCCAACAAAAAAAGGCCUCCAACAUCCAGUGAAUACAGGAUCAGCAGAGUUUCAGUGUCCCACAGUGGAGACUACAGAUGUCGGGGUAGCAGUGACUAUCUCUUAACAGGAUGGAGUGAUGCCUUCAGACUGACAGUUUCAUCAAGUAAACCCAGAGCCACACUGACAGCACAAAGUUCAGUCAUACCAGCAGGGGGCAGUGUGACACUGAGCUGCUCUGUGGAGGGCUCUGCUGGCUGGAAGUUUGACUGGUCCAGACGUGAUCCAGUCUCUUCUAAAGCUCAGCUCAUGAGAGGAAAUGAAGCAAACAGAGUUAUUAGUGUCUCACAAGGAGGUCUGUACCACUGCAGAGGAGGGAGAGGAGAUCCAGUUUACUACACAGAGGACAGCAGUGACGUCGCAGUUCAGCAAACUCUUCCCAGUAAGCCCACUGUGACCCUGAAGCCAUCCUGGACUCAGAUAUACAGCGGUGAGACAGUCACUGUCAGAUGUGAGAUUCAGGGAGGUGAAGGAGCUCAGUGGACGUAUGAAUGGAGAGCAGCCAAGUUAAACACACCUCCAACAUCCAAUGAAUACAGAAUCAUCAGAGCUACUGAGUCUGACAGUGGAGGAUACAGCUGCCGGGGCAGAAGGGACUAUUUCUUCUCAGAGUGGAGUGAUAUCAUCACACUGACUGUAUCAUUAAGUAAACCCAGAGCCACACUGACAGCACACAGUCCAGUCAUACCAGCAGGGGGCAGUGUGACACUGAGCUGCUCUGUGGAGGGCUCUGCUGGCUGGAAGUUUGACUGGUUCAGACGUGAUUCAGAGUUUUCUGGAGCUCAGAAAAUAGGAGCUGGAACAUCAGAGCACACGAUCAGUAUUUCAGAAGAAGGCAUCUAUUACUGCAGAGGAGGGAGAGGAGAUCCAGUUUUCUCCACAGAGGACAGCAAUGACAUCAUACUUCAGCGAACUGUUCGUAACAGGAUCACAGUGACCCUGUAUCACAGCUGGUCUCAGAUAUUCACUGGUGACACAAUCACUCUCAGAUGUGAGAUUCAGGGAGGUGAAGGAAAGGUGUGGAAAUAUGAAUGGACAGCACCCAACACAAACAGCCCUCCAACAUCCAGUGAAUAUAGGAUCAGCAGAGUUUCAGUGUCCCACAGUGGAGACUACAGAUGUCGGGGUAGCAGUGACUAUCUCUUAACAGGAUGGAGUGAUGCCUUCAGACUGACAGUUUCAUAUCAACCCAGGGCCACACUGACAGCAGGAACAACCAUCAUACCAGUAGGGGGCAGUGUGACACUGACCUGCUCUGUGCAGAGCUCUGAUGGAUGGAAAUAUGAGUGGUUCAGACGAACCCAAACAACCUCUGAAGGUAAAAUCAGAGGUCAACAAAACAGAGAUAUCAGAGUAUCUCAAGGAGGAAUCUACCGCUGCAGAGGAACAAGAGGAAACCCAGUUUACUACACUGAUAGAAGUGAUGAUGUCACCAUUGAGAUAACCUUUUCCAAUAAAGUUGUUGUAAAACAACAACCCAACUGGCCUCAGAUAUUCAGAGGUGAGACGAUCACUCUGACAUGUGAGGUGCAGGAAGGAGGUGAAACCACUGAGUGGUGGUAUGGAUGGAGAGGACCCAGCACACCCACACAGUGGACACACAAUAAUGAUGUGACAUUCAGAGUUUCUGAGUCCAGCAGUGAAGACUACAUGUGUAAGAGUCGACGCAGAGAUGACUCAUAUUCUUCAACAGAGUGGAGUGAAGCCUUCACAUUGUCAGCAUCAAAUCAACCCAGGGCCACACUGACAGCAGGAACAACAAUCAUACCAGUAGGGGGCAGUGUGACACUGACCUGCUCUGUGCAGAGCUCUGAUGGAUGGAAAUAUGAGUGGUUCAGACGAACCCAAACAACCUAUGAAGGUAAAAUCAGAGAUAAACAAAACAGAGAUAUCAGAGUAUCUCAAGGAGGAAUCUACCGCUGCAGAGGAACAAGAGGAAACCCAGUUUACUACACUUAUAUAAGUUAUGAUGUCACCAUUGAGAAAACCAUUUCCAAUAAAGUUGUUGUAAAACAACAACCCAACUGGCCUCAGAUAUUCAGAGGUGAGAUGAUCACUCUGACAUGUGAGGUGCAGGAAGGAGGUGAAACCACUGAGUGGUGGUAUGAAUGGAGAGGACCCAGGACACCCACACAGUGGACACACAAUAAUGAUGUGACAUUCAGAGUUUCUGAGUCCAGCAGUGGAGACUACAUGUGUAAGAGUCGACGCAGAGAUGACUCAUAUUCUUCAACAGAGUGGAGUGAAGCCUUCACAUUGUCAGCAUCAAUUCUCAGUAAGCCCACUGUGACCCUGCAGCCAUCCUGGACUCAGAUAUACAGCGGUGAGACAGUCACUGUCAGAUGUGAGAUUCAGGGAGGUGAAGGAGCUCAGUGGACAUAUGAAUGGAGAGCAGCCAAGUUAAACACACCUCCAACAUCCAAUGAAUACAGAAUCAUCAGAGCUACUGAGUCUGACAGUGGAGGAUACAGCUGCCGGGGCAGGAGGGACUAUUUCUUCUCAGAGUGGAGUGAUAUCAUCACACUGACUGUAUUGUAUAAACCCUGUCCUGUCCUCACUGUGUCUCCAUCAUGGCUGAGUCCUGGAGCCUCAGUAACUCUGAACUGUGAGGUUGAACAUCCGUCUGCAGGAUGGAGCUUCUACUGGUAUAAAGCUGUUCCUGAUCUAUCACAGAAAUCCUCCAGUUAUGAGCUGCUACCUGAUGGCAAUGGGACUGCAAACAACUCCUACAUCAUUCAUGGACAGACACACACAGCAGGAUAUGUGUGCAGAGCUGGAAGAGGAGACCCAGAGUAUCACACUGAUUACAGUCAACCAAAAUUUGUCUGGUCUGCAGAUGUUCAUUCAGCAGCGUCUCUCACAGUGAGUCCUGACAGAGUGCAACACUUCACCUCUGACUCUGUCUCACUGACCUGUGAGGGAAAGUUCGCUGAGUGGAGAGUGAGAAAGUUCUCUGAGGACGGCCGACUCUCUGACUGUAGCAGAAUGACUGGAUCCACAUGUGACAUCAACACAUCAAAGUCAGAUACUGCAGUGUACUGGUGUGAGUCUGGAUCAGGAGAGUUCAGCAGUGCAGUCAACAUCACUGUUCAUGAUGAUGGUAAUGGUCCUAUCCUGGUGAGUCCUGUUCAUCCUGUGACUGAGGGAGCUUCUGUUAGUCUGAGCUGCAGUUUGAGAACACAAAAAAUACUUUCCAAUGUGUUUUUCUAUCACAAUGACAAACUUAUUCAAAAUGAUACCCGAGGGGAGCUGAAGAUCUCUGCAGUGUCAAAGUCUGAUGAAGGUUUCUACAAGUGUCAGUACUCAGGAAGAGAGUCAGCACAGAGCUGGAUGUCAGUUAAAGAUUCAGGCUUCAUCAGUCCAAUGACCACCACCAAUCAUGUAGUCAACCAGAGUGAAAUUCACAAACACAACUGUCUUGACCAUGGUGCAGGUGAAAUACAAGAUAUUACAUACUCUGUAAUUCAGCUUAAACAUGUUGGAAAAAAGAGGAAGCAUCAUAAAUCACAGGAGCAUACUAUUUACUCAGAGGUGAAGGUGGGAGUUGAAGAAAAAUCAAGUCCUGCAGCAUCUAAUGAGGAACUUUACUCCGAAGUCAGAUUAGAAAGCAGUCUCGAAGACAUUCCAACAUAUGCCGAGAUCAACCGUCACAAUAAAGCAAAAGCUAAGGAAAACCAGGAAGACAGUCCAACGUAUGCCCAGGUCAACCGUCACAAUAAAAGAGCAUCCAAGAACAACCAGCGUCAUUGAACCGAAUUGUAGCAGUAAAACCAACCUCAAGCUUCUUAUACAGAAAUGUCUGUAGCUUGUUCAGUAUUUUGUACAGUUUUUUUAGUGAUAGUCAUCAUCAUUAUAAUAUACAGUAUACAAUAUAUAUAAUAUAUGGUACAGACAAGGUGUUUUCAUUUAGUGUUCAUAUUAUCUGUAUUCAUUUAAUAAUAAAACAUGAUUUAAAGUUAGCUUUUGCAGUGUAACAUAAGAUCUAUGGGUAUAAAGAAAUACUAUAAAUGCAUGUAUUGAAAGUUUUUGAACAUUACCUAAAAGAGGACUGAUGUAAUACUGUAUGGAUUUAAAUGUGUGAAUAAAUGCAUUUCUUCAUGGAAAUUGUAUGUAGUUAUAGUUUGGGUUUUUAUCUUUUUUUUAUUUUGGCCUGAGCAGUGUUUUUGUUCUAUCAUGAUAUAGCUCUACAAUAUAAUUGUAAAAAUGUAAAGGAUUUAUCUUUUGUAACUUUCAACUAGAUGAACAUGUAUACAAUAUGAAUAUCAAAUCACAGAGACAGCUUAAAGUUAAUAGACAUUUAGUACUGGGGUUCUAUUAUUUUUGAAAAAUGAGUGUUUAGAAAAUCCAAUCAGAGUAAAUUCUCCGCUAUAAAAAUUUUCCUCUAUAUUGGACCUAAUAAUUUGCUCAUGCACCAUUUUUCUUCCGAUCUUCACUGAAAAUGGGAAAAUACUAUUUUCAAACAAAGACUCAAAAUCUCAAAAUUUUGGCAAUCUGGGUUGGUCAAAAAUCAACCAAGCAACUUUUUUUUUUUUUUUUUUUUUUCGCAAUUUUGAGACCAACUGAACAGCUUUAUCCUUUCAUCUCUGCAUAUAAUGUUGGAACACCUGGGCUUGAGGUACCCCUGUUCUGAGUGAGCUUGGUUAUGAAAGUGCCCUCCUUUCUGCAGUCACACCUCUCCAUUGCUCUCUGUCUGGAUUUUUGUUUAAAGCCUUCUGACUUGGACAAGCCAGGAUGUAGCAUGAUUUCUUGAGUCAUUUUUUGUUGCUUUCUACAUGCUUUGCUAUGCAUCUUGCAUUAACGAUGGGCAACAACAUUUUGGUAUUGAUCCAAUGUAGUGUGCACUUUAUGUAGUCCUGUAUUGAUUUACUGUUUUAUGUAGCACCAAGGUCUUGGAGGAAUGCUGUCUCGUUUCACUGUGUACUGAACCACUGUAUAUGGUUGACAUGACA